AUGGAUGCUUUAAAGGUACGCAGCAGUGAGCUGCAGAAGGAGUUUAAACGCCACAAUUCGGAUGCUCACAGCACCACCUCAAGUGCCUCCCCUGCCCAGUCUCCCUGCUACAGUAACCAGUCGGACGAUGGCUCAGAUACGGAGAUAGCGUGCAGCUCUAACAGUACCCCAGUGUUUUUCUUUUUAGAUCUUACCUACUGGAAAAGACAGAAGAUUUGCUGUGGGAUCAUCUACAAGGGCCGCUUUGGGGAGGUCCUCAUCGACACGCAUCUCUUCAAGCCUUGCUGCUUCAGUAAGAAGGCAGCUGCUGAGAAGCUCGAGGAGCAGGGGCUGGCGCCUCUGCCCAUCUCUACUCAGGAGUGGUGACUGAGGUUCAUGUAGAAGGGAACAAAGAGCGAAUUUAAACUUUGAAAAGACCACAAAGCAACAAACUGACCCUCCUAUUUUUAACUUGGAUACCUGCUAUUCUGCCAAAAGACAUUUUUCUAGAAUAGUUUCAUGGGUUACCCAUCCCCUCCCAUCCAACAAACUUUGAAGCCAGUUUCUA